AAAAAAAAAAAAAAAAAUCACAGGCCUACCAAAAAUUUAAUUAGCGCGGGUUGCUCUUCCCCCGCCUAACCGCCAUUGCCCCUUAACCUGAUCACUGCAUUUCUUUUUCAUCCCCGAAGAGAGAGAAACAAUUUCAGAUUGAAAACUAUUUCUUUUUUUAUACAAUUUCCGUCAUCGGAGAAAUCCUCAGAAAUUUCAAUCUACACUGCUUCGCCGCUGCAAGCCUCUAUCCAUCCGCCGACUCGGCCGCCUACCCCUGCGCUUCCAGACUCUGAUAAAUUUUUUGAACCAACACUGUUCUUACAGUUUUCUGGGCAUUUCAAUUAUAUGGUUACUAACUUAUUAUUGGAAAAAAAGUAAAGAGAAAAAUGGGAGGCUAUUUUGAGGACAAUGCGAAUUCUCACAAUUCGGAUGAAGAUACACGACACUUUCUAAGCAUGCUUGAUGCUACUGCUGAUAGGGUUUUUGAAUUAUAUACAGAGAGGAUGGUUGCUGAAUCCAGUACAAUUGCAGUUCCGCCUGCCAAACAAACAGUGCAGCAUAGCCCGACCUUUUUGCAGGACAAAGAGUUAACUCCAAAGUUAAAUCGACAGAAUACAUUUCCCUCUCUGUCAGAACUAAGCAGUUCCCUUAAUGAGCCACAAAUCAGAAGGAAACGCCGCAGAACCUGUGAACAACCUAGUUUUCAGCAGUUGGUUGCUGCUACUAACCAGAUUAAUCUAGGCCUCAGUGAAAUAACUCCAUCGCUAAAGCGAGAUAAUCAUUUUGUAAGUUGGCCACAAAACUUUACUUUCCAGAGUACUGGGGUGAAUAAUAAGUCUGUUCAAGGGUCUGAAUCUAAACAGCCUUCCGUUCUUGCUAAGAACCAUUGUCAAGUACCAAGGAAAUCACCGUCUGGAAUUAGAAGGAACACGAGCAAUGCUGGUUUACUUGCUUUAGAUGGAAAUAACAUUGGAAAUGAGAGGGAAGAAGAAGUUGUUGAUUUUUCAAAGGCGAUUGAGGAUGCAAUUAGCAGAAUUGAGUCUCUUAUUCCAUCACUUCAAAAGAUGGUCAAAUCUGAUCAUGAUGUUUCAAGUUCAGUAAAUCCUACAGGAAACGAAAAAGACAGGGUGAACAACACAAAUGAGCUACGCCUCAUUGACAAGUCGGCUGCAUUUGGUGAAACUAUAAUGUGCAACCCUUCGGUUCCUUCCCAGGUCAAACGGAGCAGGAAUGUUGGUUAUGUAGGCAAUGGUGACGGUAUGCAACAACAAAUGGUUUAUUCGCAAGGAAAUGUUGAUUCCAGGAGAAAUGAGACUAAAUGCUCGAAGGUGAACACGACUCAGAGAAUAGUUGAUAAACCGUCAGAGUGGGUAUCAGCUCAGAGUGAUGAUAGAAUGAAGAACUUGCCGUUUGAGAAGAAUUCAAAUGUUCAGUCGAUCAGCCAGGUUUCCGAGCCUAAGUUUAAGGCAGUGUUUGGUAGACCUGAGUUACGUAAAGGUAUGAGUAGGAAUGGAUCUUUUGCAAGUCAUGCCUCGGAACGCACACAAGGUUUGAGGGUCAUGCCACGUCAACCCUUUCGUGGAGAGGCUAUUGAGAGAGAAGCGACGUUGAGGCCAUAUGUGGGGUCCACAAAUUCCAUGAGACCUUCCAGAGCAAGUAAUACGCGUUCUUCUCGUCAGAAAUGGAGUCAGAGCCAUACAAGUGGAAGAAUCGCGGAAGAAAUGGGCCAAUCAUCUAAGGUGACCAGGUUUAGAGAUUCUUCAAACAGGAAUACACUUAUCAGGAAGAAUAUGAAGGGAACUUUGCACAGCAAGUCUGGACCUCAUGAUCAUAUCUCAGAGGAGACUAGCUGGAGUUCGUGCACUUCUUCUAGUGCGACAACUCAGCAAAGUGGCUCACCAUCUUCUUCAAGUGGUAGCUACGAAUCAUCUGUAUAUGAUAGUUAUGAAAAUGAUGAAAGUGAGCCACUGCAUGAGACAGUAGGCCAGUCAUCGAGGAUGAAACGGUCUGAAGUCACUGAGAGUGCUGCUUCAGGUUAUGAUUCCUACUACGACAGUCAAAAUGAAUACUCAGAUGCAGGUUCAUCAAGCCAGAUGAGUUCAGCGCGACUCCAUAAGUGGGACCCACAAAAGGAACGAGGAAAAAGGAAAGGGAGAUUGAGGAGACUCGGGAGGAAGCUAGGGAUGAUAUUUCACCAUCACCACCACCACCACCACCAUCAUUAUAAGGAUGAGCCUGAUCCGCGUCAUGCUAGAUCAUUUUUGAAACGAUUCGGGGAGAUGUUACAUCUCACGAAAAGUGCCAAUAAUCGUCAGAAAAUAAAGUUUGACGAGCCAAGAAAAUCUGAGAUCAAGACUCUGGUGAAAAGGAAGCAACAAGGAGGGCACUUUCAUGCACUUGUAGGUGGGCUAAUGAAGCAUAUGAAGCAUACUAAGAAACCUAAACAAGUGAAGAAUGGUAUUAAGGGGCUUGAAAGUGGACGUCAUGGGGGUAAAAAGGAGGGGACAAAAUUACCUUGGUGGCCGAAGAUUCAUGGGGGAAAAGGUGGAGUGAAGGUGUCCAAUAACAGAAAGGUCAGGCUUGGAAAUUAUAGAUCAAAAAGUUUCGCUGCAGCAAAGAUGAUCUUGAAGAAAUAA